AUGCCCUCAAAAAACAUUUGUAGACAAUUAUCGCAACAAGAAUGCCUUGCUGAGUUACUGUUCGACAAUUCCCGUCGGUAUGGAGAAUUCAAACGUGGACGGGUGAGUCUUAGCGACGAUCCCAGGGUGGGUGCACCAAAAACGGCAGUCACCCAGGAAAACGUCGAUGCUGUGCGCAAACUCAUCAUUGAAGAUAGACAUAAUAGUGAUGAACAAUGUAUUGACAAAAUAAUUCAUUAUCAUCUCAAAGACCUCAAUUCAAAAAUUUUUUCUCGUUGGAUACCCCACCUGUUCACUGAAGAGCAGAAAGCAGCCAGGGUUAAUUGUGUCAAAAAACGCUUGACCGAUGAAUCGUGGAUUUACUGUUAUGAACCAGAAAAUAAACGACAGUCGGCUGUUUGGUGUUCCAAACUGCGUGGUCAAAGGUUCCAGUCACCAGAAGAAGCAGUUGACGCAUUCAAAAAUGCCUGCUUCGAAAAUUGGUUCGAGCGCAUGCAGAUGUGUAUUAAUCUUCCUGGAGAAUACUUCUAA